AGCUUGACUGAAGAGUUUCCCUGCCUGGUGUGGCAUUCACAUCCCAGCACUCAUGUGGUAACAACGUCCAGCGCUCCUCAGCUUCCCCCUGCACACCAGCCUGUUUCCAGGGAGAGAAGGAGAGAGGGAAGACAGAGUGAGGUACAGAGAGAGAGGAGAGAGAGAGAGAGAGAGAGUGUGUAUGCACGUGCAGCUGAAAGAGAUACCUGAGUUCAAAGAGCACGGGGGGAGAAUUGACAGCGGACGUGAGAACAGAGGAGACUCAGAGAGGGAAGCAGGUGAGAGAUAAGGCAAGCGAGAGAGGAAACAGAAAAACAGAUCUGCUGGUGGAGACAGCAGACUUGGCUGAGUGCGCAUUUUUUUCUUAUCCCGGCCCUUGUUCAUUAAAUUUCAAAUCCCCCUCCACCCAACACCAAUAUGGCAGCCAUGGAAGCAUUGGAGACUUCAAGUGCCCAGCUGGAGCCUCACACCCUCACCGAGAUCUCAGACGAUGAGAUCAACCUCCCGCCUUCGGACGACGAAGAUGACCCUGCCGCCAGGCACGAACAGCAUACCCUGGGCACGGAGGGGGAAGCCGCCCCUGACAACGAUGCCGAGGGGGCCAAGCUGGACCCACAGGUGAAUGGGGUGAUGGUGCUGACACUGCUGGACAAGAUCAUCGGCGCGGUCGACCAGAUCCAGCAGACGCAGAAUGGGCUGGAGGCCAGGCAGCAGGAGAUGGAGCGCUCUGUGACGGGCAUCCAAGGCGAGCUGACCAAACUGACCAAGAGUCACAGCACCACGUCCAACAGUGUCAAUAAGAUGCUGGAGAAGGUACGCAAGGUGAGCGUCAAUGUCAAGACGGUGCGCACCACCCUGGAGAAGCAGGGCGGCCAGAUCAAGAGGCUGGAGAGCAACGAAGCCGAGCUGCUCAAGAGGCGCAACUUCAAAGUUAUGAUCUACCAGGAUGAGACGAAGGUCCCCUCCAAACUUUCCAUCUCCAAGUCCAUGAAGGUUACGGAGGCUGUGGGGGGAAGCAGAGGAGGCAGCCUGCUGGAGUUGAAGGAGGGCGUGGAGGGAGAGGAUGAAGGAGAGGGAGACAGGCCCCAGGUGGAGCUCUCCUCCGACGAGGAGGAUUUGGACCUUGAAGAGACCAUUGAGAAGUCCCGCGCAGAGCGCAUCAAGGCAAGCAGCCUCCAGCGUGUGCAAACCCUGAAAACAGUCUUCUCCAAGGAGAAAAUGGGUAAAACCAGGGCCAAGACCAUGGAGAACUUGGAGAAGACAAAGCAGAAGACGAGAGAGAACCUGGAAAAGACCAAGCAAAAGACCAAGGAGAACUUCGAGAAGACCAGACAGAAGACCAAGGUGAACCUGGAAAAGACCCGCCACAACAUUGAGAAGAAGAUGGGGAAGCUGGGAACACGUAUGACUGUCAACCCAGAACGCAAGCAGAAGAUGCAGACCUCCCGUGACAAGAUGAAGAAGGCUUUCACACCUGACCACACCGUGUACGCCAGGUCCAAGACUGCCGUGUAUAAGGUGCCCCCCUUCACCUUCCACGUAAAGAAAGUCCGGGAGGGUGUUGUUGAGGUCAUCCAGGGAACAGAGAUGGUGGAGGUGUCCCAGGAGGCUGAGCACUUCAGCGGGAUAGACGGCGACUUGGAGGAGGGCGACGUGGAGCUGGAGAUGAUGAAUGGAGGAGGAGAGGAGGAACUGGACGAGGAGGAAGAAGAAGACAGCCACGAUGCCCUGCUGGAGAACAAAGAGGAUCGAGACAGAGACAGCGACUAGAGAGGGCAAAAAGGGGAGUUGUGGUGCUGGGGGGGAGUGGGGAAUAGGAGAUUUGGGCAAUAAUUAAAUAAAUAAGUAAAACCCCCAGCACAAACACCAGCCCUGAGGUCAUUUUGUAAACCUGAAAGAUGUGUUUAGAUAGAAACGGAACGCUGACACCCUUGUUUUUAACUUCUUACACGACUGAGGGUUCAGUACCUAAGCUAGCAAAGCUUCACCCGGGGCAGGCCACGUCGGUUAGAUGUGACGUCACAGCAACAUCAAAGCCUCUCAGAUUUACAAAAGUACCUCAGGGGGUUGGGCUUAGACUCGGUUUGUGUUUGGGCACUGUAGGUAGCCAUGAAAACAGAAGGAGAAGAAGAGAAAGACAAGAAGAGACAGGUAACAAUUUGGGAAGUAGUGCAGGGAGGGGGGGGGUAAAAAGGAACAACAACAACAACACAACUGAAACAAAUGGUCACUAAGGGGCGUGGUCGUUUCCCCCUUUGCAGUAAAAGGAACUGCCUAUUUGGUUUAAAGAAUUCCUUGACGAUUGUUUUUUUUUUUUUAAAGUUAAUCCCUCACAUAACAAACGGAGACGUGGGACUUUAUUUUUCUCCUGUCUGUUGAAAUCAGUAACAACAAUAUUCCCAUAAACUGUGUUUAGCUUCCGGCUUUCCUCGCGGUCACGACAUUCCUGCCGAAGACAAGUACAGGAUCGAUAUUCUGUAGAUAUUCUUGCUCACACACCCAUUAGCUUUUUUUUUUGUGCUAUGAAAAUAUUUCAUAUCACAUUUGUUAAUGCUUUCUUUGCUCCUCUUUAUAUGUCACCAAUACUAAAUCUAUGCUAAAAUUUCGUGUUUAUAUAUAUAUAUAUAUAUAUAUAUAUAUAUAUAUAUAUAUAUAUAUAUACACACACACACAAGCACAAAUAAUCUGUUUAGUUAAUGAACUCACAAAUUUGUGGUAUUUGUAUAUUUUUUGUAUGUUUUUGAUCUUUAUGACAUAUUAUAUAAAGCCUUCGUCAUCUCCUUCAGUGAAACAAUAUAACAGCCACCUUUAGAUACAUUUUGUUUCAUUCGAUGUAUUCUCACAACAUUCUAUUGUAACGUCACCUGUACCCAUAAAACACUUUUGUUUUGUUUUUUUGCUACGUUAUGCUCAAUGUGAAAGUCUGUGUGGUUUGCGGAGAACAAAACCAACAAUAUCUCUAGAGUAGGUCGCUUUUUAACAUAGGACUGGUAAGGUCUCCCUGCCUGGCUCCCGUGAUUUUAUACUGACCCCUAGUGAUCACACACACACACACACACACACACACACACACACACACACACACACACACACACACACACACACACACACACACACACACACACACACACCUCUGUUUGAAGGUUUUGUUGUUUCUCCUGGUCUUCCAGCAGUUCCUUUCUGAAUGAAGUUUUCACACAUGCAGAAAAAAAACAACACCAUGACUCUUGAACGACAUAGUGUAUAUCACUGCAUUCUCGUUUGUAUAGUCGUCUAUAGUCACUUCUUUGCAAAAUGAUUUAUAAAUAUGCUUUAUACAUGUUCACUGGUAGGCAGGCUCUUCAUACCAGAACAGAUUCAUUUGUGAAUGUUCAUAUUUUGCAGCAAACUGAUUUUAUCCAUCCAAACUGCAGUUUUACACAAGCGUUGCCAAAGAUUACUCGUGAUGUUCAAGUCUCUUUUUUUUAAGUUUGCUUGUCUCAGCUCUGAUUGUAUCAGUGUAAUUUUUGCUCAUUCAUGUUAAAUGUGAAACACCAGCGUCAGAUUAUCCAGCGUAUCAUACUUUACUUAACACUGAGCAUUUCGCCUUUUCAUGCCACCAAAUAUAUAAUCAGCCAAACUUUUCUCGGCCAGCAAAACGUGAUGUAUAUACAGCCUCUAUGAGACACAACAAACCAGACCCUGCGACGUGACGACUUCCGUUUCCGCUCCUUGUUAACUAACAGAGGCCACACCCACCGCCCUUUAACCCACCCAGCAGCCCACCCACGUGACAGCUGAGGAGUCGUAUUUGUAUUGUAGGUUUUAAAGGUUCUGUUUCAGCGUUACUAAUGACGUCAGGCUUUCGCUGACGUCAUACCUCUGUCUUUCAAUCAACAACAACUUCCUGUGACACCGAGGUGAGUGUCAGUGGAGAAAAACAACAAAGUGGUUCAGAUCGAAUUGUUCUCUUGCUUUUGUUCCAUGUUGGCGUCCGAUUCGUUUACGAUGUCCUAUUACCUAACCACUAAUAUUUUAAUAAAUAAAAACUAUUUGGUUCA